AAUUCAUCUAGUACAGGAAACGGCUUUAUCAUAACGCAAUCGUUGUACUUUCAACGCAGUGAGGUUGCCAGACACUUCAGAAAAAACUAGCGUCAGCCUCUAUACUAGAAUGACGGACAAUUCGAAUCCCUUUCGUUUGCCGCUUAGCUCCGAGCUGUUGCCAGGUGUGGUCGAGCUCGUCCUCGAUGGUAGUACUAGUCCCGCUUUCGGUGCGCCUCUGGGUAACGAUGAAAAUGACGCCGACCCGGCUCCUGUGACGUCUGUAGCGGCAGGCGAAGACCGUGCUGCGCCUUUGGAGUCGCACGUAUCUGUUGAGGAUGCUUUGUCGCCCGGUGUGAAAGUCUGCACGCUAGCAGAGGGAGAACACUCGUCUGUGGUCGCAUCUCCAACCUCGUAUGUUGGGGCUUCAGAUAUAGCGGGUGGUCAUCCUCGUAAUGAAGAUGGAAGCAUGGGACCAGAUGGCGAGCCACGAAGAAGUCCUGGGUGUGUAGUGGCAUCAAGAGCAGAGCAAUCCUUUGGUGCUUGGCCUGGUCUUGUUGAAGAAGGUCGCGCUUCAGCAUUUUCACGAGAGGGGACUGAAGAACAGAUUCGCAGCAUCCCCUCAGGCGGCACCGGUGGUCAACUACCGUAUGGCAAAGUGGAAAUCAUUUUCACGGACUUGGACGGUACCUUCUUUCCAGGCUUGACGCAUGAGGAGCAACCGCAUCCAGAGGAAAUGCGAUCGUUUAAGAGGAACCUGGAUCUGGCGGAACGACUAGAAAACGAAUGCAAGAUCCCAGUAGUGCCGGCAACGGGGAACAAUAUCGGCAUUGCGCAGCUCAAGUUCACAGAUCGAUCUGCGAAGGACGAUAAGAAUAGUCCACCACCAGUAUGGCAUGUUUUUUUUGCGGAAGAGGUUGUGUGGUGAUAGUAAGUAUAAUUCUUCGGGUCUAGCCCGCUCUGCUAGAAGUAAAAAUUUAGUACAAUUUAACGCAGUUAGUAAGUUUGGAAGCUGUAGAAUGGUCCACGUCAAGAAAUAUACAUAUGCGCUCCCUAGUCUAAGAAUUUUGUUGCGGGAUCUGCGACACACGGCUGGGAUUUUCUGCAAUGGGUCCCUGGUUCAAGCGCAAGGCGGGCGUGUGGUGCGUGCGCAGCCCAUUGACAAGGGGUUUGUACAGAAGGUUGUCACUGCGUGGCAUACGCUUGAGAACGAGGGACCAGACGGGAGGGAGAUAUUUCAAGACUGCUGUCUUACCUUUUUAGGGAGCGAAAUGUGCUGGCUGCUGGACGUCGGUCAAGCGGUCGCACGCAAUACAGGAGAACAAUUUCUAGAUCGCAUGGGCUUUGCCGAUGGGCCAGCAGCGCUUUUCCGCUGGAUACCAGCAUCAGAGUCUGCGUUCUUCUGUCUAAGGCUGCAUGUAAGUAGUAUAUAAUGGUGUUUCUUUUUAUUGGAUGCUGAACAAAAACCUGCUUGUAAUUGUUGACGAACCGGAAAAAAUUCUUUGUACUUCCACAAAGCAAAGUGAGAAAGUCCCUGUAUAAGUACAACUAAGAGAAUCGAAUGUCCGGUGGUCCUCUUCAGGCCACUUAUCCGUUUUUCUCACCCUAAUGCAAGGCAACCAGUGCGAUAUUUUCUCCCUCUUGAUUCUGUUUCCUGACGGCUUAGAACCAGCGGAGCGCACAUCGCGCUUGUUGCGCGCGCAGACUUUUCUGGAUAACAAGAAGUUGUUACAGUUUCCAGCUGCCAAAACGGAACUGGGCAACGGUCGAGGGUCUACCGUCGUCUGCAAGCAUGUCCACGUGCCAGGCAUAGGACCUGAGAUCGACAUUUCACCAGCCGGCGUAAAUAAAGGCAGCGCAAUCAGAGCCUUUCUCGAGUUAUGAUUUGACAUAAUCGAUAUGUACUUAACUUCGCAGUGGAGGUCGUGAGCCGAUAUACGGAGGUCGGGGUGGUUGUAAGACGCAGUAGGUGAGAGGCUCCAGUAGCAGUAUGUCCUUGUCUCCGUCGCAAAUUUAGAUAUUAGGCCAUGGCCAAGUACACAACGCGCAGCGACAUCUAACCAAAGACUUUUACCACGGAGCCGGCAAGUUGCCGGAUAACGAUGCGAUAGCGGUCUUUGGGGACGCUGGCAACGACUUGGAACUGUUUGGAAUUAAACGCCUGCACAUGGCUCCUGGUCACUGCGAGGAAAACUCCGAACUUAUGACAGCUUCGAGUUCGAUGAAGCCACGUACGAUAGUGUCUUGUAAAAGUCAUCCAUCCUAGCGCCUUUUUACGUGUCUUGCCAAGAGAAUAGUGUUCGGAUUAGAGUAUUUUAGGUUGUUUAGAGAGUGACUAAAGACUAGGUGGCUCUUGGUAAUACGUCUAAUCUAUCGACGAUCCACGUGAUGCCGGUGGCGCCGUUGUUUGAGGACUACGAUUACAGACCGAGCAUUCGCGUGGCCAUGCCAUGGGCCAAUGACGAGCUGCUGAUGGAAGAGGCUACAGCUAUCUGUUCUGUGGAUAAGAUCUUACGACGCAUCGUUGAUGCCAAAAUUGAUAAGGGAGCUUGAAAACUCAUUCUCAUGAUGAAAAAUAGAAUCACUGACUCGCAUUUUACUACAGUAUGGAGGAGAAUAUUUUUCCUGUUUGCCGUUAGAGGAUAAUUGCUUUUUUCUGAGAUUUCAUAAAUGAUUGAGUGGAUCAUCGAUAGCCAGUGUUGAUAUUUUGUGCUAUCUACGACUUGUUUAGUCUGUCCAAUUGAGUUUUUUCCUAGAAA